AUGUGGUUAUUCAUAUUGAACAACGACUUCAUGCUCAAUAAUUGGUGGGACGGCUUCAUCGACGUUUUACUGUUAAGCAAGGGGGUACGAAGCCGUCGGACUACUGUGGAUGAUUAA